UUUGUUUAUAGCUGUUUCCUAUCGUAAAGUCACCGAUUAUUUGUCUCGCUUUCAUGAAGAACUAUAACCUCUCCAUCAUAUAGCUUGCUGAAUCUGUCUUCCAUCCAAUUUGCGAAAACGGUGAGAUUUUGUUUCAACAAGUCCCAUCUCCGAGCUUUGAGUUCAUACAUCAUACGGACAGAGUGAUAGGCCACAGGGAAUGAGGAGGGAAAACCAAAUCCGGAGGGAUUAUCGGACGGGGAGUGUUAAGUAACUUUAUUGGAAAGCUCUUUUUGUUGUGAUUUGAUAUUAGAUAUUUAACCCCGUCGAACGCGAGAGAGUGGCUGAUGUACACGGAGUAUUCCAUCGCCUGUCUCACCUGAGGAGCGGAUGUAAUAUUACUGGACAGGUAAGCUGGACAGGUAAGCUGCAGGACAAGUAAUCCACCUUAGGAGCUGUCAAUAAACCUCCACAACAAUACGAUGUUUAUAUUAAAACGCUGACCUAGUCUUACAUCUAUACUACAAGUAUGUACAUUGUGUGCGUGUGUGAGUAGGUGUAAUACACAUAACACUGGAAAUGCGAUUGUGUCAACAAACUCUACUACACCAAGGAUCACGCGCUGGAGAGUAGUUCUGGAUUUCAUUUGUACAGUGAAGUCGUGAACUUUCAGUGAACAUUUUGACAACGGACUAUAUAGCUUGUACAGCAGUUUGUGAUGGACUCUUAACAGACUACUCCGUACGUUACAUCAACACAAGGAAUCGCCUAACUGAACCAUGUACGGGUUCGUGAACUACGCUUUGGAGCUCCUGGUUGUACGGAAUUUCGGAGAUGAAAUCUGGGAGAAAAUCAAACAGGAAGCUGGUUUGGAGAUGGACGGACACUUCCUCGUCCGGAUGGUGUACGACGAUGGCGCCACCUACGAUUUGGUCGGUGCAGCAGUCAAGGUUCUGGACACGCCCGCUAAUACGAUUUUGGAAAUGUUCGGCAAGAUGUUCUUCGAAUUCUGUCAGGAAUCAGGAUAUGACAAAAUUUUACAAGUCUUAGGCGGUACCACGAAAGAUUUCCUUCAGAACCUCGAUGCACUUCAUGAUCAUCUCGCUACGAUAUACCCAGGCAUGCGCGCCCCGUCCUUCCGGUGUACUGAGCGGGAAAGUGAUGGUGCAACCGUUCUACACUACUAUUCUGACAGACCAGGUUUAGAACAUAUCGUCAAAGGUAUAGUGAGAACAGUUGCCAAGCAACUACACCAGGCGGAGGUGCAAGUGGAGAUCCUCAAAGAAAAGGGCGAGGAUUGUGACCACGUGCAAUUUGUCAUUAUCGACGAUGCUUCAAAAGACCUGGCGACCAAAGCCGAAUUGAAUGAAUUUGAACACAAUCUUUCUCAUGAAAAAAAGAUAAGUCCCGCUACGUUCAGUCGGGCCUUUCCUUUCCACAUUCUGUUUGACCGAAAGAUGGAAAUCCAGCAAGUAGGAAGUUCCCUGCUUAGGGUAGUUCCCGACACCACCAAGAUAGGUGCCAAAAUUGACGACCUUUUCGAAAUGGUACGACCACAUAUGACAUUCGAAUUUGAUCAUAUUUUGUCUCACAUCAAUACUGUUUUUGUAUUAAGAGUCAAUCAGAACGACACCGGAGGAGGACUCUUUGUUGACAAAGAUGAAAACUCGCGCAUGCGUCUGAAGGGUCAAAUGAUCUACGUGCCCGAAUCAGACUGUCUGUUGUUUAUGUGUUCACCCAGUGUUGCCAAUCUUGAUGACCUAGGAAGGAGAGGAUUAUACAUUAGUGACAUACCUCUCCAUGAUGCCACUAGAGAUCUGGUACUGCUUUCAGAACAGUUUGCCGCCGGGUACAAACUUACACAGAAACUAGAAAUACUGAACGACCAAUUACAGCAGACACACAGAGAACUGGAACACGAAAAGAAGGAGACAGACAGAUUGAUGUACUCGAUACUUCCGGAAUCAGUUGCUCACGAGCUUCGACACCAACGUCCAGUUCCCGCCAAAAAAUUUGAGAAGGUCACAAUCUUGUUUAGCGGUAUCAAAGAUUUCAACGAGUUUUGUGCCCGGCACUCUGACGCUAAAGGUGCCGAGCUUAUCGUUCAAUUAUUGAAUAUUGUCUAUACGAAAUUCGACGACCUGCUCGGGAAUAACCCGGAUGUCUAUAAGGUUGAAACUGUAGGAGACAAAUACAUGGCGGUGAGUGGACUUCCGGUUCCCUGCAAUGAACAUACGCGAUGUAUAGCUCGAUUGGCACUAGAUAUGAUGGAUAUAUCAAAGGAUCUUAUUGACCCUGAUGGAAACAAGAUUGUUACAACAAUCGGUAUCCAUUCGGGUGAGGUGGUGACUGGAGUAAUCGGAAAGCGCAUGCCCAGAUAUUGUCUGUUCGGAAACACCGUCAACUUGACAAGUCGAACUGAAACAACAGGAGAGAAAGGCAAAAUCAACGUGUCGGAGUAUGCUCAUAAAUACUUAACAGAAGACAAAGAUUGCUUUGAUCCUAAUAUCGAGCUAACUUACAGAGGGGAAACGAAAAUGAAGGGAAAACCGACACCCAUGAAAACGUAUUACUUGUCCCGGAAACAAAAAGCAUGAUGAAAUACCGUUCUUCCAUUAUUAUAUAUCAAAUGAUUUUGUCGGUAAUCGACAAAGUGAUUUAAUAUGCUAUCAACAAACAUGUUGUAGAGUGAGUUUAUGUCACGUGAUCACAGGGUCACUUCCUGAUAUACGACACAGAUAUGUUUGUCAUAGUUACCCUGUUAUUGGAGUCACUGUUCCCAUGGAGAUGUAAUGUUAUUUUCAUGUAUUCAAAAGGAAGUGACCAUAUCGCUUUCAUCCUGUCGUAAUACACACAUGCCUAGAUAUCAAUCAUUUGAUUGAGACAAAGUGGAAUCGCAUACCAUGUUGUGAGAGGUCUUUUAUUUCCGUUCUAGCUGCCCAGGUAGUAUUAGCUUUGAUCAAUUAUUAAAUUGUAUUGUUUCCGGUUGUUUUUUCUUCAUUCCAAUAUUGAAAAGCAGACAUUACGCCAAUCCUUAUAGCAAUUUGAUUCAAUCGAGAUACAAAGUAGCUCCGGAAAUGUUCUCAGUCGCAUUUCUAUAUUGAACACAUGACCCAGUGUUUAUGUCACUCAAGUCAGUACAACAUUGUGUUGUCGGAUUGAGUGUCAUUGGUAUGUAUAUGUCUGUUUAUUGGGUAAUCGGGGAGAGAAAAAGAAUUCGGAAAAAAGGAUACAUUCACCUUAUCAAGAAAAAAUGUCUUUCAUCGAGAGGUUACAAAAGGGCAAAAAUGGGAGAUACAGCAAGAUUUAUACCCAGUGUGUAUUGCUUAUCGAAUCUGUGUUUUGUCAGACAGUGUAUUAUCAGAAAGUUUGCACAAUGAAAUAAGUACCCAAUCAAUUUGUUUUUUCUACUCACCGCUAGGCGUCGCUUCCAAAUAUUUUUGUGAAGAUUCUGUCUGAGCGAUAUCGAACAACACAAUUAUUCUAUCAGACAAUAUAUGAACUGCACCUGUAACAGUGUAGUAUUGGUACCGUAAAUUAGUGAGUGGACAUGACAGUAGACAUUGUCAGUAGGGUUACAGUCGUCCAAACUUUGAUAUGGUCAAGAAAUGUCAACUACCGAACUCGUUGAAAGCAUGCUCGGCUUUCUGUCAGCAUAGAAUUAAUAAUUGUCAAAAAGAAGACGAAAAAAAAAAAAAAAAAAUACUAAACCAAAAAACACCAAACACCAAAAGAACAAAUUAAAUUCAAACAUGAAUGAAAUAAUUAAUAAACAAAAUCACGAAUUUUGUAAAAAUGCAUCUUAAAUUAUUAUUUAACCUCAAAAGCAAAACGAAGGCUAUAGAUACAAAUCGUUUAAAGAGCGUUUUCAUCUGCCACAAGUUUUGUAAGGAAUUGUUUCCUGAAAUAAGUUAACAAGUCGUUAAACUAAAAAUAAUUUCAACGUCCGGGUUUGGAAUCAAGAAUUUAGUGUUAUGAUUACCGUUUAAUUUGUAAACGUAUGGCGUAUAUUAGUGCGUAACUGUGAUAUAAAUGACCAGAUUAUAUACAUUUGUACUCUGUCAAACUGGUCUUAGAGGGUCCAAUAGGUAUUAUCUAUAUUUGUUUAUUAUUUAUGUUCCUUGUUAAAAUCCCAUACUCAGAAUACAUACAAGGUUAUAAGGUGGAGUAACAGUAAACAGUUCAGUAAUUGAUAAUUUCUGAAAAAAAAUCGAUACAAACAGCUGUUGUGUUUAUUUCAGAACUUUCCGAAAUGCUUAUCUAGUUAGUUACAGUGUUUUUACCUGUAUGAUCCCGCCUACAAUUAGACAUAAUACAAUAGUACGUUUGCUAUUUGAGUGACCUAAAGAAAAGAGGUGUUUUUUGAUAAAUAACUUCAAUAAACACGAGUUCUUGACGGCGGAAGAGCAUGACGUAAUUCCUAAUGUAAAAGUAUGUGUAUUUUAAAUAUAUAGUCUAGUUCCUUUGGACGACCCUCCUAUUUAUUUGUAUAUAUAAAGAUGUCUAUUAUCAUAUUAAUUUAAUUAUAUCGACGUAUUUAUCAACUUAUUGAUACAUAUCUAUAUAUUUGGAAAAUUUAUGUUAUUAAAACUUGUCAAUCAACAA